AUGUGGUCAAAAAACAGUAGCAAUGAUUGGAAACGUGUGAAAGACAACCACAUAUGGGAGUUGCAAGAAAAUAAGGUCUUGCCUGCUUUGAAGUUAAGUUAUGAUACCUUGCUUCCACAUAUAAAGAGAUGUUUUGCUUAUUGUUGUCUGUUUCCUAAAGGCUAUUGGGUGGAGAAGGAUGUAUUGAUUCCGGUGUGGGUGUCUAACGGUUUAAUUCCACCUAGAGGAGAAAACGACUUGUAUGUGCUUGGGGAAGAAAUUUUAAAUUGUUUGGUUUGGAGGUCCUUCUUCCAGGUUAACGCAUUCUUUAAUGAGUAUUGGUAUAAAAUGCAUGAUCUGAUGCACGACCUGGCAGAGGAUGUGAUGGGAGAUGAUUGUUUAGUUAUACAACCUGGUAGGGAGGCUAGAAUCACAAAUGAGGUACUUCAUGUGAGCUCCUCAUGUCCAGAUGAAAAGUUUCAAUUUUCGUCAAAGGAUUUAGAAAAGUUAAUGUCAUUGAAGUCUAUAUUCAUGUUUGGGUAUAAAUAUAUAUGUGACAUUUGCCAAAUUUGCAACCACAUGUAUCUAAGAGUAUUAUACUUGCAUCAGAUUGAGUUAAGCGCAUUGCCAGAAUCAAUUUACAAACUCAAACAUCUGAGAUACUUGAAUUUAUCUCGUUCAAGUAUAGACGUUUUACCGAAGUCAAUUAUGUAUCUCCAAAACUUGCAAUACUUGAUAUUAUCAUACUCAAGUAUAAAAGUUUUACCAGAGUCGAUUGUUUAUCUCCAAAACUUGCAAGUGUUGAUUUUGGAUCACUGUAGCAACUUGUGUAAAUUGCCUGAAGGACUGAGAUACAUGAGUUCUCUUCAACAUUUGGACAUCUGUGGGACUGAUUCACUCAAGCAUUUGCCAUCAGGAGUCCAAGAGCUAACUAGUCUCAAAUGGCUUCCAUGGUUUCCUGUUAGUAACGAGAGUGGGGCUAAAAUAGGGGAAUUGGGGGAUCUAAAUCUUCUCGAGAGGCUGAGGAUAGCAAAACUUGAGAAUGUUGAAGGUUUAAGUGAGGCCAAGAAUGCCGACCUCAAAUGCAAAUCAAAUCUAUUGGUUUUGGAUUUAGAAUGGAAAGGAUAUCAUAUGAGUGAAGACAAUGAUGAAGAGGUUCUUGAGGGACUAGAACCAAAUCCAUGUCUCAAGGAAUUUUGGGUAUAUCUCGUUACAUGGGAAAGAAUAUUUCUCCAAGUUGGAUGGUCAAUUUAA